AUGGCUUGUACUGUUGUUUCCCCGUCGAUGGAAAGCAACACCGAUGACAAGCUAGCGACCAGAGUGGGAGUGCCCACUGAUCUAAUAUCUCUUUUCCAUUUGGUGAAAGGGAUUCAUUCUAUUAUUGACCAGGCCCGCCCGUCGCUUGAUGAAGGGCCAUUCAAUUUUAUCAUUCAACCCUGGUCAGGGGCAGAUCCAAAGUUCUUGUCCGCAGAAGAUUGCACCCUCCCUCCAGUGUUAAGGAAGCUUUGCUGUGGUAUCGACGCGCCAUUACAGAAAAUCUACGGACACGCUAUCGACACACUUGAGCACUGUGCUCUAGCUGAAGGGAUGGUGAUUCCAUGGGUAGUUAUGGCCGGGGGAGAAUUUGUCGAACAAGUUCAAAGCGAAGAGCCCUUGGCAUUGCUUAUAUAUAUUUGCUGGGGAGCUCUGCUGGGACGCCUCGAGGGGGUGUGGUGGGCUAGAGUGGCCGGGAAGACAAUAGUACAAAGCCUUGCUGAGCAUCUCGUGCACCAAAGUGAAGAAUGGGGUAAUGUCGUGAGAUGGGCAAAAGAGAUAGUGCAGAUGGAUAACCCAUGA